CGACUAGAUAAGUAUAUAAACCUUCCUUAAUCGACCCGAUAGAUAGAUAGACAUUAAUUUGGAAGGGACAUCAAAAGAAGUGCACGGCACAUACCUUGUUUGUAUGAUUGAUUGUCUUACCUUUUACGCACCACGACGACCACCACCACUACUGCUGCUGCUGCUACAUACUUCCUGGUUCACCACUCAUUCCAUCGUUCAGGGCUUUGUGUAUCAACCACACCCCUUGUGCUUGUACUGUCUUCCAUAAGGCGAACGGUAUUGUGACACGAAGAAUGAAGUUUGCCUCCAUAACUACGCUUCUUCUACUACCGAUUGCAGCCAUAUCUCACCCUACUACACAAGCAGAUCUAGCCGUGUACGAUGUGGUUUUUGCACCUAGGUCUUCUAAAACGCCAGACCUAGACAAACGGCGUGGCGGCGGUGGCGGAGGACGAGGAGACAGUGGCGGUGGAAGUGCUGCACGAGGAGGCCAAGGUGGCUCGUCAUCAAGAACAGGGUAAGUGUCACAGAUAUCUAAAAGUGGCAUGGGCUUUCAUGACUUAUCAUCGCCUGUAUAGCUCAUCUAGCAAUUCUGGGGGCUCAUCGCACAGUGGAUCGGGACCGCAGCCCUCGUACGGCAGAGGUACUUAUUACGCGGGUGGUGCCCAGACUCCUUAUACCUCAGGCGCAUUAUCGCCACUAGGGAUAGCACCUAUCAUAUUGCCAGUAACUGCUCUGGCUUUCUUUGGCGGUAUUUGGCUACACGACGCAUACGCCUACCCAUAUAGUUAUCAUUACCACUACGUGGACCAAUCCACUCAUCGAAACACAUCGAUGCCAGUGGUCUGUCUGUGCGAGAGGUAUGCUGAGUGUGGAUGUGAUGAAAAUGCCAACGCUACAUAUUAUGAAUCUUUGUUCAACGGCACCCAGCCUGCAAACUCUAGUGUUGUUGAAGUUGUUAAAGUUAAUGGCACCGAGACCAUCUAUAUCAACGGCACGUUGCCCAAUGGGACGACUGUGGCUGACCAAUCUUCAUUUUCUGACGCUACUCAGAUAGUCAUACAGACCAGUGCGUAUUGGUUAAUGGCCAUAGUUGUUGGUACCGUCUGGAGCAUGUAAUGGCGCCGCUGGACUCGCCUAUUUAGAUAAUCAAUCGUGCUUUCAUUUCUAUGGGGUCUUUUUUUUCUUUUUUUUCUUUUUUCCUUUUCGCAUCAGGCUAGGAAUGGCGACUUGAUGGGUUGGCGAAGAUUAACUAGUGGCCUGGGUGUUUUGCUUUAAUGGAUCUAGAAUAGAGCCUUGAUACCCCAAUUCUGGCGUUGGAUGCAGGAAACGUUCUUUCAAACACCGAUAUCUAUAACUCCCCCUUUUCUUGCUUGUGUCGUGUUCGUACGCCCCGCCGCAACGAAUCAAAAUUCUCUACAGUUCUCCCCCUUUCACGGAUAUAUGAGAAAGGUUCUAGCAUCCGGCGUUUCCAUGGCUAGUUAGGUACGCCAAGCGACCAUCAGAGUUUC